ACAUGCAUUACCCCUGCCCUGGUUUUACACCACAAGCCAAAUGCUUGCGUUCUCUCGAACCAUUUUUAUUAUGUUUUCUACAUCGUCUUUCAUAUCUAAUUUCGGCGUGAGCUACGUUGAUAGGCUUUUCACAGUCAGACCAAUAUUUCACGUUAACUAAGAAGAAACAAUUGAUGACCACGUCUCCAUCUUUGACAGUGACAUGAAAUAAAUUGAUGGAAAUAGAUAAUAUUAUCAUCUUAGUGUAUUUGAAGGUUGCAGAAUCUAUCGAACAACUAUUGUUAUGACUGAAGAUUCUGCAAAUAUGGGAUUGGAGGCCGAAAUGGCAGUCCCACUCCACCUCCAGAGGUUGGAGAGGAGUUUGAACAUCCAACCGUUUCUGAAUCAAGUGAAUCACUUAUUUCAGGAUCAUCUGAGUGAUGAUGGGAAAUCUAUAUCUUCAGACUCAUCAGAUGAAUCCAACAGUUAUACAAACAAUGUCCUAAAUCAGAAAGAAGAGAAAAGAAUUAACAACCUGAGGCUCUACAACAUGGACUGCGUUGGAGAUGAACGUAGAUGGUUGCAAGACAUUCUGCUAAGUGACUCUUCAGACAAUUCACAGUCGGGAUCUGACACUGAAGGCCCUAUAACAGAAGAGGAUUUUCAAGACAUGUUAAAAUUUCACAUUCUCCGUAAGAAGUACCAAGGUCGAUUCUACCAGAAACCAGAAAACAUACAGUAUCAGUAUUAUGGAGCUGGCUUGCUCUCAACCUGCGAUAGGUUUCCUGAUCAUCAGAAGCUCAUCGUGGGCAAUAAAAAGAGAAAGGAAAAGAAGUCUGAGAAGAAGACAAUCAAAGUGAAGAAAGAGAAGAUAAUUCGUCACCAUAAAGUCUCCGACAUGUGUCAGGAGCAUGAUUAUCCUGAGGAGGAGUGGGAUAAGAUGCUGCGAAAGGAAGAGAUAGAUGAAUCUGAAUUGGAAUCAAUGAUGAGGCAUCAGCCAAAAGCAAGAGGUAGAAAAAAGCACAACGUUAAAACUCCAGAGAUGAUGGCCCUUAAAAGACGUAAAAUUUGGAUAAUGAUGUCAAAGAAAGAACUUGGUAAAGUCCAGCGAGCAAAAACGAAUAACCACAAAGAGAUGUUAAUCAGUUGUAAAAAAGUAGCCCAACACUGCAUGAAGUACUGGCGACAGAAAGCUAUGCAGUCCCAGAAAAACAUGAAAGAAACCAUUUGGAGAGCCAAAAGAUUGACAAGAGAAAUGCAGUCUUAUUGGAAGCGUUACGAUAGAGUCGAAAGAGAAACUCGACGACGGUUGGAAAAAGAGGCUGAAGAGCAACGAAAAAUGGACGUUGAAUUGAUUGAAGCAAAGAGGCAACAGAGAAAACUCAACUUUCUGAUCACUCAAACAGAAUUGUAUGCUCAUUUCAUGUCUAAAAAAUUAGGAAAGGUUGCACCUGAAGAGCAACUUCGGAUAUUGAAUCAACUUGAUGACGAGAAGAAUCCAAGAUUGGCUGGAAUCGAUGAUUAUGACAGUGAAGCAAUGAAACAGAAGGCAAAAAAGAAUGCAAUGGAGGCAUUUGAUAAUGAGAGAGCCAGAACAAAGCUUUUUGAUACACCUUCUUCGUCGCAGGAGCUACGGCUCUGCGAUACUCCAGAAAAUUUGGAGCAUCCACAGCCAUCAAUUUUUAAGGGUAACUUGAAAGGUUAUCAGUUGAAGGGCAUGAAUUGGUUAGCAAAUCUCUAUGAUCAAGGUAUAAGCGGAAUCCUGGCUGACGAGAUGGGUCUCGGUAAAACCGUCCAGUCGAUAGCAUUUCUGUGUCACGUUGCUGAACGUUAUUCAGUUUGGGGGCCUUUCCUGAUCAUCUCUCCAGCAUCAACUCUCCACAAUUGGCAACAAGAAAUGGCGAGGUUCGUCCCAAUGUUCAAGGUUGUUCCUUACUGGGGAAAUCCUCAGGAGAGAAAAAUCCUUCGACAGUUUUGGGAUACGAAAGACUUACACACGAAAGAGGCAUCUUUUCAUGUUGUCAUCACUAGUUAUCAGCUUGUGAUAACUGAUUACAAGUAUUUCAACAGGAUAAAAUGGCAGUACAUGAUCCUGGAUGAGGCUCAAGCUAUCAAGAGUACCAGCAGCAUGAGGUGGAAGCUACUGUUGGGCUUCAGUUGUAGGAAUCGACUUUUACUGAGCGGCACUCCUAUUCAAAAUAGUAUGGCUGAACUGUGGGCACUCCUUCACUUCAUCAUGCCCACUCUAUUUGAUUCUCACGAUGAAUUCAACGAGUGGUUCUCCAAAGACAUUGAGAGCCAUGCUGAGAACAAAACUGGUAUAGAUGAAAAACAUCUAUCCAGACUGCACAUGAUAUUGAAACCUUUCAUGCUGAGAAGAAUCAAGAAAGAUGUAGAAAAUGAACUAUCUGACAAAAUUGAAGUGAUGGUCUACUGCCCACUGACUACUAGACAGAAAUUACUGUACUCAGCUCUCAAGCAGAAAAUAAGAAUCGAAGAUCUUCUCCAUUAUACAGUAGGUGGUAAUAGUGGGGAUACAGCAGCAAGUGACAAAAAUUUCACAUCCAAUUUGAUGAAUCUAGUCAUGCAAUUCAGAAAGGUUUGUAACCAUCCUGAAUUAUUUGAGAGAAGAGAUGCCAAGUCUCCACUUUUUAUUAACACUGAGAAUUAUGAAAUGCCAGCUAUUUUGUACAAAGAGGGGCUACUAGACUUUGCUUUACCCUCCAAUCGUCAUCUGCUGUACAAUAAACUCUUUAUUUUUGCUACUGAGUACAUUCAUCGAUCUCUGUACGGCCAAACCAUCACUAAUUAUUUUUCAUUCUCGAGGUUGAUUGGGAUAUCUCCUAUGGAGUUGAAUCAGAUAUUCAUAUGUGGAAUUUUAUAUGUCCUGUGCCAUGCAACUCUGAUGGAGAGAAAAAUGAGGAUUAAGAAGGAUUGGGAGGAUUGGGGCGUUGAUGAAGCUGAACCUUCACUUAUGAUCGUCAAGACUUGUGAUAAACUGGUGGAGACAAAUUCAGAUCUCUUUUUCACGAAAAGGAUAUUCGAGGGUGAGGCAAUUUACAUUCAUACGUCUCACACCAUUCACUCAAUGGCUGAGACAAUGGCACACAGAAUACUCAGGAGCAGCAAGCACUCAUCCAAUUCUAUCCUUAAAUUUCCCCGUCCUCAUUGGGUUAUCAAGCCAGAGCUUGGUGAGGAGUCGAAAUUAAUUCUUUUGCCAGAACAUAGACAUCACCCAAAGCCACCAGUCAUCAGGACUAAUCAACUGACAACUGUACCUUAUUUCCUCUGUGAUAAUAGUUCAAAGGUUCAGGCGAGUCCGCGAAAAUUGUAUGUAAGCAAUUCCGCUGCUGCUUGCGCCUGGAGGCAACAUGAAGAGAGUGGCGGCACUUUUGGACAAAAAGUCCUGAGGAUUGGCUGUGAGCCAGCCCUUAUUUCUUCACCGGAAAUUGAGCCGUUAAUUGGCCUAUCAAAUCUCAAAACUGCUACGAUGUUUUCACAUGAAUCUCCAGGAGGAUUAGCAGCAUGUACUCCGAUCAAUGGGUGGUCCAAUAUCAUUAUUCCAGAUAAGCAAACUCUGGUGACAGAUGCUGGAAAGCUGUCAGUCUUGGACAGUUUACUGAAACGUCUUAAAGAGCAGGGCCAUCGAGUUUUGAUUUACUCCCAGAUGACAAAGAUGAUUGAUUUACUGGAGGAGUACAUGUAUCAUCGAAAGCACACAUUCAUGCGCCUAGACGGCUCAUCGAAGAUCUCCGAUCGCCGUGACAUGGUAGCAGACUUCCAGAAAAGGGCGGACAUAUUUGUCUUCCUACUGAGCACGAGAGCUGGUGGCUUGGGAAUCAACCUUACUGCCGCUGACACGGUGAUUUUCUAUGACAGCGAUUGGAAUCCAACAGUAGACCAGCAGGCAAUGGACAGGGCCCACAGAUUAGGUCAGACAAAACAAGUUACUGUUUACAGGCUCAUUUGCAAAGGCACGAUUGAGGAAAGAAUUUUACAAAGGGCACGUGAAAAAAGUGAGAUUCAACGUAUGGUGAUAAGUGGUGGUAAUUUUAAGCCAGAUACACUGAAGCCAAAAGAAGUAGUCUCACUUCUUCUAGAUGAUGAAGAGAUCGAGGCAAAAUGGGGUCCACGUACGUAUAUUUCAGACAGCCAACGGAGCGAGGAAAGAAAGCAGCACGUUACUCUGGAGGAUACUCGAAUCGACUCCAGUAUACAACACAAGGAAAAAGAACGGAAAAGGAAGCUAACCGCGGUUCCGGUCAAGGCUGAUGUCAAACGUUCAUGCUUUGAGGACAAUGCUGCGGAAAAGUUGUAUGAAGUUUCGUCUAUCAUUUCUACCGGUGAACAGACAAGUCCCACUCAGCAAAACAAUGAUCAACAGACGGUGGAGAGUAAUGAGGAUUAUGCAGUUCCUGGCAGUCCUAUCAAAUCUGAGGAUGAAACGAGUAACGAAGGCCUCGUAGUAGACGUUGACGGGCCAGUUUAUGGUCCAAACUCCCCCCGCCAAGUACGCGGUGUCUUCUUCAAUGAGCCUCCAAAAGUCUCAAAACUCGGUCAUCACUUUAGUUUCGGAAACGUUCCGAGAAUACGCACAGCGAUACGAGGUACAAGUAAACGUGGAAGACCUCGGGGUUCGCGACGAGGCGGUCCAGUUGGUGGUAAAGGCAGAGGGAUGCUGAUGCAACCUCCUCUCGGCUCGUUACCAAAUUCACCUGGCACAUCGCAAUUCUUACCCUCAUCGUCCACUGGCGAUCCGAUGGCUCAGCAUGGCGUGUAUGGCCUUAUGGGACCGGCGGAUGGUGAUGGCCCAAGUACGGUGGGCCCUCUGGGUAAUCAAAUGACUCCUGGAAGAGGUUUGCCCGUGGUGAGGAGAGGGCCGGGUAGACCGAGGUUGAGACCUGCUGGUCCUGGUAAUCAGGGAUAUCGAGCACCAAGUCAACACUAUGGAAAAAGAAUACAACGACCACUUCCGGUGCCACUGAGAUCCCAUCACUUGUCGAGUUCAACACCAGCCAAUCCGACUACCAAUCCAGUCCCAGGUGUUCUUUCAGAGCAAUCGGGUACCUCAGGAAGUUUCACUUCCGAAUCUAGGCCUUUUGGAUUUUAUACUCAGCAAGGGAAGAAUCAAAUGCAAUAAUAUGCGUAGUGCAUGUGUACAAAGGAGUUAAACAAAGUGAUUGGAAUUGAUGUGAAAAUAUUCCUUGAAUUGUAAUUAAUUUUUAAAUAUGUCACUUCCGUGAGAUAUCACGUGAGGCUCAGUCGAUUUUGAAGUUUGUUCUGCCUCAGUUUAAUCAUCGGAACUGAAUCAAAUAAAUGUUGACUCUCGUCCUUCAUCGCUUCAUGCGGUAUAGUCAAUGUAAUUUUGAGCGUCUCGUUCUAUUGUACUGAAUUUUGAAUAAAUCUAGA